AUGGUUGUUAGAAGUUAUAACGAAGAACUUAAAUAUUUAGAAAAAAUAAAUCCACACUGUUGGAAAAUUAAAAAAGGCUUUCAACCUAAUAUGAACGUUGAAGGCGUUUUCUACGUCAACAAUACACUAGAAAAACUAAUGUUAGAUGAGUUAAAAAACUCUUGUCGGCCCGGCAUGACCGGAGGGUUUCUUCCUGGUGUUAAACAAAUAGCAAAUGUUGCAGCAUUGCCAGGAAUUGUAGGACGAUCUGUUGGCCUGCCAGACAUACACUCAGGAUAUGGAUUUGCUAUAGGUAAUAUGGCUGCAUUUGAUACAUCUGAUCCCAAGUCAAUAGUCUCACCUGGAGGUGUGGGUUUUGAUAUUAACUGUGGUGUACGUCUUUUACGAACUAACUUGCAUGAAAAAGAUGUUCAGCCAAUUAAAGAACAAUUAGCACAAAGUUUAUUUGAUCAUAUCCCUGUUGGGGUAGGGUCUAAAGGUAUCAUUCCCAUGAAUGCUAGAGACAUGGAAGAAGCUUUAGAAAUGGGUAUGGACUGGUCUCUAAGGGAAGGAUAUGUUUGGGCUGAGGACAAAGAGCAUUGUGAGGAAUAUGGGAGAAUGCUCAACGCAGACCCAUCUAAAGUAAGUCUAAGGGCAAAGAAAAGAGGCUUACCACAGUUAGGAACUCUAGGAGCUGGAAACCAUUAUGCUGAGAUACAAGUUGUUGAUGAAAUUUAUGAUAAAUUUGCUGCUGGAAAAAUGGGUUUGGAGAGAAUUGGGCAAGUUUGUGUAAUGAUUCAUUCAGGAAGUAGAGGGUUUGGACAUCAAGUGGCAACAGAUGCGCUUGUGCAGAUGGAGAAAGCCAUGAAAAGAGAUCAAAUUGAUGUUAAUGAUAGGCAAUUAGCUUGUGCCAGAAUAAAUUCAGUUGAGGGUCAAGAUUAUUUAAAAGCUAUGGCAGCAGCAGCCAACUUUGCUUGGGUCAAUCGUAGUUCAAUGACCUUUCUAACUCGUCAAGCAUUUUCGAAGCAAUUUAAACUGGCACCUGAUGAUUUAGAUAUGCAUGUUAUUUAUGAUGUUUCACAUAAUGUUGCUAAAAUUGAAGAGCAUGUUGUCGAUGGUAAAGUAAAAACUUUACUUGUGCAUAGAAAGGGUUCUACGAGAGCAUUUCCUCCACAUCAUCCACUAAUACCAGUAGAUUAUCAGUUAACUGGGCAACCUGUGCUCAUCGGAGGAUCUAUGGGCACAUGUAGUUAUGUGCUUACUGGUACGCAACAGGGCAUGACAGAAACAUUCGGAUCCACUUGUCACGGGGCUGGUCGCGCUCUUUCUCGUGCUAAAUCGAGGCGUAACAUUGAUUACACAGAUGUAUUAAAUAAAUUGGAAAGUAUGGGAAUUUCUAUAAGAGUAGCCUCCCCUAAAUUGGUCAUGGAAGAAGCACCAGAGUCUUACAAAAAUGUCACUGAUGUUGUAAACACUUGUCACGCUGCUGGCAUUAGUAAAAAGUCUGUUAAACUACGUCCUAUUGCCGUAAUUAAAGGUUAAUUUGCCAUGUUAAAUUAUUUAUAUAUCAAUGCAUUUAGCAGUUUCGUGAAAGUAAAUUUUUUAUACUUGAGUAA